UCACCAUAAACUUCCGCAUUUCACACACAUACAUAGUUACAUACAUCUACCAGCUAUAUUAAAUAUCAGCUCUCACUGUCUCUAAUCUCCCUCAACAGAUUUAUUCUAGGCAAAUCUUAGAAAGAGAGAGAAUGAACUCAAGUGCAAGAAUAGGAAGAAGCAACUCGGAGCUUCAGACAUCGAGAAACCUCAGAUACACUAAAAGCAACAGCCAAGAACAAGGUAGUAGAACUUCAUGGGCUAAUCUUCCUCCAACUCAUCAUCAUCCAAAGGCUCACAGAAAAGUUCCGGUCCUUUACUAUCUCUCUAAAGAUGGUCACCUUCAGCACCCUCAUUUCGUUGAAGUUCCGCUCUCCUCCGACUCGCUUCGUCUCCGUGAUGUCAUCAACCGCUUGAACUCUCUUCGUGGUACAGCCAUGCCUUCUUUGUAUUCCUGGUCUUCAAAACGGAGCUACAAGAACGGGUUUGUGUGGCAAGACUUGGAGGAAGACGAUAUAAUAUAUCCGGCUGAAGGCCAAGAGUACAUUCUAAAAGGAUCGGAACUUCUUGAACCACCUGCAUUGCUUCAAGAUGCAGUUGUCACCUUCCCUUCAAAGCCGCGUUCCGGCAGUGGCAGUGAAUUUCCGGCUCCCGCACGGCGGAGGAACCAAUCAUGGAGCGCCAUUGACCUCCGCGAAUACAAAGUCUACAAAUCCGACUCUGCCGGCGAACCUGCCGGAAAAGCUGCCGCCGACGCAUCCACUCAGACUGGCGAGAUGCGUAAUCGGCGACACGUGGUCGAGAAAUCUACCGAGCUUAGUAGAGAGGAGUUUUCUCCACCGCCUUCGGAAUCGAGCCCGGAGACGUUGGAGUCGUUAAUAAAAGCUGACGGAAAAACAAUAAAGAUCGUCGGCUCCGGCGAGAAGAGGGAUGACGUGGCAGUUAGUAAUCAUCCAAGUGGACGAAUGAAAGCGUCCACGGUGUUAAUGCAGCUGCUGACGUGUGGGUCGAUUGGGUUUAAGGACUGUGGGCCAGGGUACAUGAGAGAACACCCGGGAUUAUCGGUGGUGGGGUCAUAUAAGGCCAGGCUGCCACGUGGAGGUGUCGAAGAAGAACAGUUGAGAGCUAACGUUACAGGGAAGGUGAGAGUAGAGGAGAAAGACUACUUCAGUGGAAGUUUGCUACAAGAGACAAACAAAGAUGAGUUUCCGGCACUCAAGAGAUCUUCUUCUUGCAAUGCUGAUCGGAGCUUACAAAUGGAAGUGAAGGACAAAGAAGAGAUUGGAGGAAUUAGCGGAAAAUGCAUUCCAAGCAGGCCAUGAUCUAAUUCAUACUUCUCUAUACUUAGUGCCCAUGGGACAAUAGUAAUUUUAGUAGAAAUUUAUCGAUAGUACAAACUCCUGGUCUUGAGUCUUGUAGUAUUAUCUUGAUAUGUUGUAAUCUAGUUUAGUUAUUAGAUAAAUAUUUAUAUUCAAGUAUCAUACACAGAUACUCUAUCAUAUAUAGAUUGUAGUAUUGUGUACUGCUACCAUGUGUAAUAUUAAACAUUCUUGGUAGUAUCUGUGUAAUUUUAUUUUUUG